UUUCUGGUUCGUACUAAGCUAUCUUUGGCUUGGUUCAGAGGCUCGAACAUUGUAAACAAAAAUAAGAGGAGUGCUUGUGUUGGCAACAGUAAAUAGUCAGAAAACAGGCGGACAAAUGUUCCAAAUGUUCGUUAUAUCUGUUCAAUUUGUUUGAAACUUCAUUAUUCAUUUCUGUGUUGAUUUAAUGUUCAAGAUGAACCUCUAGUUUAUUGAGAAAUCAACCAUGGCUCUGCUUGAAAGAUGCACAACUUCAUCACAGAAGGCUGCUGCGCCCAUGAAAAAACUAGUUAUUCUUCAAAUAGUACCCCCAAAGCAGGGGAGUGAAACCCCUACCGAAGUAAAACGUGAACCUGUCACACAUAGAGCUGUGGAGUUGACUGGAUGCGAUAUUUGCCAUUCGUAUUUUGAGUCCACUGAAACCUUGAGUGAACAUCGCAAAUCUGUGCAUGAUGAGGGCCCUUCAGCUUCGAAGGAUCUCACUGCCACACUGUCCAAACGUCAACCCAAGUGCAACAUAUGCAACGCUUUUUUCAUGACGAAAAGUAACUUGUUGCGGCACCUAAAUAAUGUGCAUGCCAUGCAAGUGUCAAAGGCGUCAAAAAACAGCGAAGACUCCCUAAAGUGUGGCAAGUGUUCAGAUGUGUUUGUGACCAAGGAUGAAUUGACUAAGCACCUUGAGGAAGAACAUGGUAUUGAUGGGAGAACUGAGUAUAAAGACCCAUAUGAGUGUGAGCUGUGUCAUGAGACUUUUAGCUUCAGUAACCAAUUAAUAUUACAUCUCAGGGAUGAACAUCAAAAAGACGCUCAGGGCAGAGAGAUUAUAGUUAAACAAGUUGACGGGAAACGUAUGAUCCAAUGUGAUAUAUGUGACAAUGCAUAUUCCAACAGACAAGGUCUCUACCGGCAUCGCAGAGUUGCCCACAAAAUUGGUGGUCCUGACAAAGGAGUUUGUCAUCGUUGUGGUAUUGCAUGCUCACUGAACAAUUUAGCAGCACACAUAAGGACUUGCGGCAGUAAAAAUAAACCUCUAAGAAGAAGGCAAGACUGUUGUGUUGAAAAUUGUGGUGCAUCAUUCUACAAAAAAGAGCAUCUCAUUGGCCAUUUCAAAAAUGUUCAUGGGCUGAAGGUUGAGCCCAUGCGAACUAUGAAGUUUAAAAAUGUGGAAGAAUUCAAAUCCUGGAAAUUGGAUGAGGAGGAUCGAACUUAUUCCUAUUUUUCUAAACAUGCUGGCACUAAGACAAAUCAAUCAACCUACUACUGUCAGCGCGAAGGAACAGCAAAAUCCCACAGAAGCGCCACUGAUAGACAUGAAGUAAUUAGAAGAAAUAAGAAAGGAAGAGUCAAGACAGGUAAUGUGUGUACAGCUUACCUACGAGUGAAUGCUGGAGAAGACGGGGUAAUUGCGUAUUAUUGGCCCACUCAUAAUCAUCCCUUGUCACCUGAUGAUGUAAAACACCAGCCAAUGUCUUCUGAAAUUAUCAAGUUCAUUAAGGAACAGAUUGCUUUAAAUGUGCCAAAUAGACAAAUUCAGGCAAUGGUGAAGAAGAGGAAUGCUGAAAACCCUACCACCCGCAGAGAUGCCCAGAUAUCAUUGAAGAGGAUCACUUCUUUGUCACAAAGGUACCAUCGUCAAUUGGCCAAAGAAGGUAGUACACAAGCUCCUGCGGAGACCUUUACCUCGUUCAUCGAAGCGCUAGCUGCCCAAGAGGACUCUCCAGUGUUGUUCUAUCAACCACCAAGUGAAGAAGCUUGUCUUGGACUCCCUAACAAUGAGGAGCAUUUAUUUUUUGUUGCUCUUCAAACCUCUGACCAACAGAAAAUGUUGCAGAGAGGUAUUGCCAUGCCAAUGUUCAUUAGUUGUGCCAAGGCUGACUACACUUUCGGAUACUACUUGAUCUCCAUACUUGUGCCGUGUGAGAGAAAUUUUGAAUACCCUGUUGCACACUUGAUGACUAGUCAGCUGAAUGAUGAAGUGAUUUGCUUUUUCCUACAGACUAUUGGUGAGAGGUGCCCUGAGCUCAAUGUAAAUUGUAUUGUGUCUAUAGACUGUCCAGAAAUCAAUAGUGCAAUAAGAAAAGUUUUUGGAGACGAUGGUCCAUAUUUCCUAAGCAAGUGGCAUUUUCUUGAAUUCAUGCGGAAUGAAUUUCUGAAAGAAGUUCCCUCUAACAAAGUGGAAGAGAUUUUUGACUUCAUCCUAGCCAUGGCAGAUGCAGAGACUGAGGAUAGGUUUCUGCUUCUUUAUAAUACUUUAAAAGAGCAGUAUGAACCAGACUUCCCCAAUGUUACAUCAGAUUUUGCAGAAUAUUUUGUAAAAGCUGGAACAUGGGCCAGUUGCUAUCGGCAGGGGCCAGGAAUCAUAGACAGUUGCAUGUAUGCUGAUUCUUUUUUUAACAAGCUCAACAAGAAGUAUCGGCGGAGGCCUAUCAAAAGCAUCAAUGUGGUGCCAGAUUUAUUACUUUAUUUGCAGGAAGGUUACAGGGAGAGGAGGGAGAACCAAGAGUCAAACUUGGAAAAUGAAAUUAGUCUUGUAGCAGAGCAGCAUCAAUUGUCUUUAGAAAUACCAUCAGAUUUAGUACAAGAAACCCUUUCACAUCACUGGACAGUGCAAAACUCUAAACAUGCGCAGGCCUUUUUAGUCAUGCUAUGUGCUCCAAAGUGUGUGGAAAGUGAUUGCCAGAUAAAAUGUGAUGAUUGUGUAAAUUUGUGCAGCCAUAGGUAUUUUUGUAACUGUGGAAGGUCUGAGACUAUCUGUUGCCAUAUCCACAAAGUGCAUCAGCAAUAUGGACAUUUCAUAGAAACAGAAUGUGUACAGCAAGAUUCAGAAGAAACUGCGAUGGAUGCCUGUUCAGAAGCUGUAAAUGUUAUCAUAGAGCAUGGUGAAGAUGCAGACGAUGGUUCGUAUUCCGCUCCAUGUUCCCCGACAAAUUAUGAACCGGAGGUGACAGAUGAGGAAACUUUGGGAGCUGUUUCAAAACAGUUACAAAACAAAGUUACAAAACAAUUAGAAGAUCUCAAAACAAAACUGGAAAGUGCUCCUGUAGAAAUGCUGCAUGUUAUACAGAGCACUCUUGAAAGUCUUAAUACUCUGUUGGAGAGUGGAUCAUCCACUGGAGUCUGAUUUGGGUUUGUUUCCAAAAUAUAUGAAUAAACAAGUUUUUCUAUUUCUUUUCUGUAA